AUGUUCACCAAUGCCGCGAACACUACACCGGCAGUACCGUCUCGCAAUGCUCUCCGAGUCCUUCGUCAACUUGCAUUCGCCGGGUCUACCGUCGGAAGCUUCUGUGGAGUUGCGGUCAUUACCUACGAUGUCCACCGACGGGUGCGUGUAGCGGAGCAAAUUAUCGAAAACAAGCGAACGCUGCACACAUCCGCGCCUAACUACGAUGCAACCGCCUCUGCGCAGCGCCUGGCGCUCAUGAUGGAGGCUGCUGAGGCCGGAGAGUUCAUGGGCUUGGCCUCUAUGAAGAGGAAGAAGGGAUCUUCACCAAUUGACACUGACAGUGCGCUAGGCGAUCCAAACGAAACAUCCACACCAGCACAAAGCCAAGCACGUCCUCCUCCGCGAUGGUUUCAGGCUGGCCCAAAACACAGAUCAGUACCACCACCGGUAUUGGACACUGCCACCGAAAUGCGUCUCCGAGCUGAGAAUCGUCUAGCUCUAGCGCGAGAGGCACGGGAAGCCGAGACUGCACGCUCGGUCGGGGAGAUGCCCUUAGAGGAUCGAAUUCGAGACUUGAUUCACGCAAAUCGGGAGAUUGAGGCUGCACAAAUUUUCGUUGAUAACGUCGAAGCCGUCAAGGGAACAAAGAUUUCAUCGGAGCGGCGGGAUCUUCUGCGUCAGCUCUUUGCUGUCAAUUGUAUGAAGGGGAAUAUUUUCAUUGCAAGAUCUCUCUUCCGACAUAUGGAGAAGCUGUCAGAGGUCGACUCGGAGGUCUGGUCGACUAUGAUGCAUCUUCUCGCAAAGGAGGGUCACAUAGAAUCGGUCGGGGCCAUAUUUGAGAAGCAUCACGCCAGAUUGACAGUCCCGCAUCACCUUUUGGAAGUGAUUGUGCGAAGUCUUCUGGAGUCACGCCGUCUGACUGCGGCCAAGUAUCUAUUCUAUGCGCGUAUCAAGCAUGACGAGAAUGGCGGUCUCUGUGGCGCAUAUCUCGACGGCCUAUGGAGAAAGACCCGGAAGAUUGAAUUGCUCAAGGCUGAGUUCAGGAAGAUAAUCACAGCACUUGCGGAGCUUGAUCGACAUCCAUCAGAGAAGGUCUUCAAUCCGAUGAUCAAGGCCUACAUUGAGUCUGGCAAUUUUGAGGCAGCCGAAGGCCUGGUGUUGGCAAUGCCAUGUGAGUUUGGAGUUAAACCAGGGUGUCGCACGCUCGGUCUUGUGCUCUACGGCAAGGCUCUGCAGUGCAAUUGGGAGGGUGUUAUGGAUGGGAUGUUUGAAAUGCAUGAGCUUGGCUUUACCAAGGACAAGAAGAGCUUUGCAUUGGUAUUCGACCGUGUCUUCCUGGAGUACUAUCCAACGCACACUGGGUCUGAGGUCUUUGACUUCUUGAUUUCAUGCAUCAACCAGUUCCACAUUCGCCCCGACAAAAUACUCCACAGACACAUCAUCGAAGCACUGGUUGAGAGAUGCGACCCAAGCUGCGUGAGAUCCGUGGGUGAGAUGGCCGAGAAACAAAACUGGAAUACAGGACUCGAGCAGUAUGAACUUGUCAAGACUCUCGAAGCCCGGCGCGUGGCAAUGCAAGACACUCCGGUCGGUAUCUGGCGAAUGCUCCAAGCGGCCAAGCAGCAGUACGGGUCCAUCGCGAGCAAUCGCCGCUUCAUGGGCACUGACGCCGACAAAUUCUCACUUCGAGAUCAUGUUCUACAACCGAUUCAUCGGGGCGCUGAUCAAACGUUCCCAGAAAGCAUGAAAAAUCUUGUGGGCUCCAGAUCUCUAAAUACCUACAUGGCGCUCUCGAAGCGGCAAGAGCAUAAUAUACAUGCAGGACAUUUUGCAAGAGCUCUCACUGCCUUCCAGAAGGCGAGCAAAGCCGGCCAUCCCAUAAAACCAAUCAACAUUCAAUUGGCCGUCAUCUCCGUCCUUCUUGAUCGCGGCAUGUCAGGCUUGAAGGACGCCCAAAAAUUGAUCAAGUCUGAGUGGUCAUACUGGGCCCGGCUUCCCAAGACGCAAUUUACAGCCAAAUACCCUCGUUUCGUCCCAAUAUUCUUCCAGCAAAUCUUGCAGAUUGAACAACGCCAGACUUCCGAAUCAACAUUACUGAACAUGGCUAUCUUUGAAUUCUACAAGAUAUGCGAUGAAACACCAAUGUUCAAUGUUAAGCACCACCUGUCAGCAUCAGUAGCUCGGCGAUUGAUCAAAAACGGUCAAAGUCACAGUGCUAUUGGGGUGUUCAGCGCUAUUUAUAUGUCCACGUGGCGCAAAUCUCAUGGUUUCGAUCAAGUGCAACUCAAACUAUUCAUGCGCGCCUCUGCGAUGACAGGUCAUUUGCGGGGAGUCUGGUGGUGUAUGAUGACUGUACUUUCCCGUCAAGAGCCUGUGCUUCGUGACUUUGUUGUUGAGGUCAAGCGACUUCUGCCUUUACUCGAAGCCCAAAGCCCGGAGCGAGAUUCGACCUCACAGCAGGCUCACAAUCUCCGUCAGCUAAGGGAAAUUCUUGACGCACUCGAAGCCAAGGCUGCCGGUCAGCCGGAUUGGAAGGAUGUCAGCGUCAACCCACGGCUGAAAGAUCAACAACGAGCGACUCUUCUGAACCCUAUCGACCACAAGUUGGAUUGGCUCCCUUCUGGGAGCGUUGAAGAAAUGGUCCGGGCAUUUGACGAAGAGAUGGAGAUGGACUUCCUGCAGAAGCGAGUGCAAGUCGACUUUUCGACGCUCCAAAGCUCAUGGGAUGAAGGGCGUAUGGUCUCUGAGCGGCUUGUACCACCUGAAGAUGCAGAGUAUCCAGCGGUUGCUCCCAAGCGCGAAUCAGCGGUAGCUUGA